AUGGAGCCCAAAGAGCAUAUAACCGAGUACAUAACUCGGGUGGAGAAGGUGGCCAACCAACUCGGUAGGAAUGGAGAACAAAUGCCAUCUAGCCGGGUUGUGGGAAAAAUUUUGAGAUCUCUUACAAAAGAUUUGGAAAGUAUUGUAUGCGCCAUCGAAGAAUCGAAGAACUUGUCGGUUCUCACAGUGGAUGAACUUGCUGGAUUACUCAAAGCCAAGGUCUUGGAGGCAGAGGCCGAGGAGGCCAAGGAUGAAGUGGACGUGGCCGGGGUAAUUUUGAGAAUGAUAGUGAAGAGCAAACCGGUCAACAGAAUUGGCGUGAUCGAGGACAAGGGAAAGGCCGAGGAGAUCGGUCAAGAGUUGAGUGUUUUAAGUGUGGCAAGUAUGACCACUAUGCAAACGAGUAUAAAUCAAGCAAGUUCUAUAACUAUGGCAAGUUUGGCCAUAUUGCAAAGUAUUGCAAAACCGAGACAAAGAGUGUGGAAUCCUAUUGCUAGCAAUAUUUUAAGCAUGGAUCAGAUAAUUGAAAAGGGUACUUCAAUUUUUAUGAAGGACCAAGUACUGUAUUUAAAGGAUGAGCAUGGUCGUCUAGCAACCCAAGCAAAAACGAAGAAGAACCGGUUGUAUGAAUUAUAG